AUGUUAUUGUCCGCUCUCUUGUGCAGCUCUAUCGCUCUUUCUUCUGCUUCGCCGCUCCGCACAGCGGUGGAUAAUCAGGUUACGUUUGGGCUGGGUGCUCCAGAGUCCUCCAUCAAGGUCCCCAGUGGCUUCAACAUCGAUCUUGAGUCUAAGCGUUUGGUCCAAUUUAGUGAUGAGGAGGAGCCGGUGUUGGUGUCAGAGCUGGAAAAGAUCGUUGCCAAGGCUGCUGGCAGGAAGUUCUUCGAUAUCACGGACCACCCGGAAUCUGCCUUCUCGCCUGUUCGCGUGUUCAAACACAACUACGGGUCUCCGAAUGCCACGGAGCUCGUGAAGCCGGUACUCAAAACUCUUAGUACCGAUGGUCCCAAGGCAAACUUGGAGAAAUUCACUAGCUUUAGGACCCGAUACUAUCGCAGUGAGACUGGCAAGCAGUCUCAGCAGUGGCUCAAGUCCAAGAUCUCUGAAACCACGGAUAAGUUCGCAUCUUCCAAGUUGCAAACCCUGAUCAGUAUUUCCGAAUUCCCUCACUCUUGGGGACAGAAUAGCAUCAUCUUGAGAAUAAAGGGAUCUGAUCCUAGUGCUGGAACUGUGAUCAUCAGUGCCCACCAAGAUUCUACUAAUAUGUGGCCAUUCUUGCCUGCACCCGGAGCCGAUGAUGAUGGAUCGGGUACGGUGACGAUCUUGGAGGCGUACCGGGCUUUGAUUGCCGCCGACUUCACUCCUGUCCAUGACGUCGAAUUUCACUGGUAUUCCGCCGAGGAAGGAGGCCUACUGGGCUCGCAGGCGGUCGCUAAGCAUUAUCAUGACCAUAGCGCGAACAUUAAGGCACAGAUUCAGUUCGAUAUGACAGCUUGGGUCCAGCGUGGCUCUCGCGAAGAAGUCGGGAUUAUCACAGACUUUGUUGACCCCGAUCUUACUUCGUAUGUUACCAAGCUCGUGGAGACAUACCUCUCUAUUCCUCCCGCUCAUACCAAAUGCGGCUAUGCAUGCUCCGACCACGCAUCUUGGACCAAGUAUGGGUAUCCUUCUGCCUUCUCGAUAGAGAGUUCAUUUGAAACCACCAACCACAACAUCCAUUCAGCGAACGACCGCAUCGACUACAGUUCCGAGUUUAGCUUUGAUCACGCCCUCGAGUUCUCGAAACUCGCUGUCGCAUUCGCUAUCGAACUUGGUGGAUGGCAGAACUAA